AUGGGAAAAGAUAAGCUGUACAUCACUCACAGCGAGUGGGCAUCCGAUACCGCCUUCUCUGCCAGCGCUGGCGCCGGUGUGAACAAAGGCAGCGUUCCUGGCGCCUUCAAGCGACUUCCCUACAACUUUUGCGCCUUGUCACUGCAACCCUUUGAGCACCCAGUCUGCACCAACGAUGGAACCAUCUUCGACCUCACCAACAUCCUCCCAUGGCUCAAGAAACACGGCACAAACCCCGUCGAUGGCGCUCCUCUGAAGUCAAACGACUUGAUCAAGCUCAACUUUGCAAAGAACGACGAUGCCGAGUAUGUCGACCCCGUCACCUACAAGGUCUUUACCGACAACACCCACAUCGUCGCCCUGAAGAACUCGGGAAACGUCUUUGCAUGGGAUACCGUCGAGCGCCUCAACAUCAAGGCCAAGAACUGGAAGGAUCUUGUCAGCGAUCAAGACUUUAGCAGAAAAGACAUCAUCACACUCCAAGAUCCCCAGAACAUCGAGUCGAGAGACUUGAGCUCCUUCAAGUACAUCCAAGAAGGCGCAAGCACUUUGACCCCAGAGCAAGAGGCUGAAAGAAGCGCCAAUGUCAAUACGAGUGCACUUGGAAACGCCGCAAAGAUCCUCAAGGCCAAGGAGGCCGUCGCAAAAGCAAGAGCAGAGAGACAGAAUGGCGCACAGGGAAACUCGCUACAAAGGGCAAUGGCCGAAGCGAAGAAGUCAAACACUGCCACUGGAGCUUCCAAGCCUGUACCAUACAAUGCCGCUCAGUACACGACAGGAAAAGCUGCUGCAUCUUUCACAAGUACUGGUAUCUCUGUCCACACUGGCAACGAGCGCGCCUUGCUGUCAGACGAAGACUACAUGCUCAAGCCCAAGCGCGUCAAGCACAAGGGCUAUGCUCGCCUCCAAACCAACCACGGCGACAUCAACGUCGAGCUGCACACUGAUCUCGCACCCAAAGCCGUCUGGAACUUUGUCCGUCUGGCACAAAAGGGCUACUACAAGAACAUACCCUUCCACCGCAACAUUCGGAACUUCAUGGUUCAAGGAGGUGAUCCAACAGGAACAGGUCGAGGUGGUCAGUCCAUUUGGGGCAAGAACUUUGCAGACGAAACCGAAAACUCGCUUGUCCACGACUCUCGAGGUAUUCUGUCAAUGGCCAACAAAGGCAAAGACACAAACUCUUCACAGUUCUUCAUCACGUAUCGCGCCGUUCCACAUCUGAACAAGAAACACACCAUCUUCGGCCGAGUGGUGGGCGGCAAUGACGCGCUAGCCCGCCUCGAAGCAGUCAAGACAGAUGAAGGAAACCGUCCUAUCGACGACUGCACUCUCGAAGACGUCGUCGUCUUCGUCGACCCCUUUGAAGAGUUCCAANAAGAGCGUGCCGAGAACGAGGAUGCGCAAAGACUCAAAGAGGAGAUACAACGUCAAGGUGGCACGGAAGAUGACAAGACAACCUGGACCGGCAAGCGCAUCAGAGGAGAUGGAAAGACUGAAGACAAUGCCUCCGCUGGCGUGGGCAAGUAUCUCAAGACUACCUCUGCACCGCCAGUCGAGGAUGACGAAAUCGUGGGUGAGUGGGAUGAACCCGAACCGCCUAAGAAAAAGGCAAAGUCGGGCGGAUUUGGCAAUUUUGAUAGUUGGUAA